CGCAUCCGCGGAUGGUGGCUGGAGGAGGAAAAGCGUGUUUACACUGACGGGCCGAGCGCCUGGGGAAUAACGCGCGGCGAGAGGAAGUGAGCCGGCUCGCUGUCUGCCUGCACUAACUUCCUGCUCAGAGAGAGAGAGAGAGAGAGAGAGACAGAGAGAGAGAGAAAACAGUCGGGAUCCCAUUACAGUCCGACUGAGAGCUGCCGAGACGGCCGACAGCAUGGAAAAACAGCACAUUGUACGGAAUUCUUUUUAGAAAAGUGAAAAAGGAACCAAAAAACGCCCGACCAUUACGCACAGAUAUGGAGAGUGCAAUCACGCUGUGGCAGUUUCUGCUGCAGUUGCUGCUGGACCAAAGUCACAAGCACCUGAUUUGCUGGACGUCCAAUGAUGGCGAGUUCAAGCUACUCAAGUCCGAAGAGGUGGCCAAACUCUGGGGACUUCGCAAGAACAAGACCAACAUGAACUACGAUAAACUAAGCCGAGCACUACGCUACUAUUAUGACAAGAAUAUCAUCAAGAAAGUGAUUGGUCAGAAGUUUGUUUAUAAAUUCGUCUCGUUCCCUGACAUUUUGAAAAUGGAUCCUCAAGCAGUCGAGCUCGGUCGGGAUGGGGGUCAUGUCGCAGGGGGCGUCAUGUUGCAGGAGGUUGAGUCUGAUUCUGGUGAGGGGGAGGAGUCUCCGAAGCUGUCGCUGUCAUCGCUUAGAAGCCCCGCCUGUAGGAACGAGUAUCUUCACUCAGGUCUAUACUCAUCUUUCACAGUCAGUUCCCUCCAAAGCCCACCUCCGCUGCUGCGUCCAAUCAAAGUUGAGAAACAGCGAGGGGAUGAGCGAGGGGAAGAGGGACCAACGGUGAUACGGUUUGUCACAAAUCGGUCAGAGAAGGUGAUACCCUCCUCACCGCCACCCACCUCUGCGGAGGUCUUCUUCACAUCAAAACCCUCCCCCUGCUCUUCUCGUAGCCCCUCCCCCUCUUAUAGUCCCACCUAUACGCUGCGACCGGGGCGGAGCCAAGAGGCUCACAUAGACGAAUUAGAGCAGAGCGCUCAGCCUCUGAACUUAUCAUCCGGCCACAGGGAGCGAGCCCAGAACCAGGCAAUGCCCCACGAGAGGAGGACCAGUAGCAAUGGACUUCCUCCCAAAGCCCGGAAACCCAAAGGGCUGGAAAUCUCCGCCCCUUCCAUACUGCUUUCAGGAAGUGACUUGGGCUCCAUCGCCCUCAACAGCCCAGCACUGCCCUCAGGGUCUCUUACACCAGCUUUCUUCACUGCACAGACUCCCUCUGGUCUGCUGUUGACACCCAGUCCUCUCUUGUCCUCCAUUCAUUUUUGGAGCAGCCUGAGCCCCGUAGCCCCUCUCAGUCCGGCGAGACUACAGGGACACGGUUCACUCUUUCAGUUCCCCACCCUGCUGAACGGACCGCUUCCGAUGCCUCUCCCCAACCUGGACUCAUCUUCAUCGUCCUCUUCUCUUCUCCUGUCCUCCAGCUCCCAGAAAUCCUGAUUAAUGGACAGUUCGUCCUGUAUUUCCUCAGUUAUACCUAUACUUUUACACUAAGGAAUUAUGGACCUUCAAGUCAUUUUGAGCCCGACUCUACUCACUUCGCCCCCUUGUGGCCACCUACGCCUAUUGCGCCCUUGAAUGUAAGAUUCUUUAUUAACCUUAUUCACGCUAGCGCCAUCUUUGUUUUUUAAUGGGAAUGACAACAAGGCUGUAAGGGAUAGACUUACCAUCUCUUCAAUGGAACGGUGUAAAGCUGUAUAAAGCUCCUAUAUCGCAUCUGAUUUUCCACAGCUUAUGAGUUCUUUGUAUACUGAAUGUUCUCAUACAGAUAUUUUAUUAAUGUUUUGUCCGCGGAAUGAUCCAAAAACACUUUAAAGUGCAGUACAGCCCAUUGAAGAGACUGGAAGUCUAUCCCUCACAGCCUCGUUGUCAUUCCCAUUAAAAAUCCAAGAUGGCGCUAGCGUGAAUAAGGUAUGUACUGUAAAAUAUUGAAACGGACCAGCAAACUGUGUGAUUUAAAAAAAAACAAUUUUUAACUCUGGCUGCAAUCCAAACAGCUCACCAAGUUCCUCUCUAAAGCUUUUUAAUAGGGAAUUAUUAUGACAUAAGGCCAAAGAACACGAAGUGUCCUUCUGAGGACAUGGUGAGUCACUGGAAAAGCAGUCUUAGAAUCUGUAGUCUCAUUUUAUUGGAAAACACGUCUGAGACUUGCCUUUUUGGCAAGUUACUUUUAAUGUCUCUUUAACGACAUUGGCAGAUAGAAACGAACUGCAAUGCAGGACCUUUCUGGAUUGUGAUCAAUGUAAAAACACAUUCAAAAUGCAGUGCUCGUACUUUCAACACAGAACUCUCUCCAUAACCUCACAAAACGGCCCAAUAAUUCUUCAAGCAAAACUUCUGAUGUGUUCCCAACGGUUCUCCAUUAACAACAAAUAAGGUGCUCCAACUGGAAUGUUCUCCUUAUUUUUGACCAGUACAGUAACACCUGGAGUUAAUAUUCCAAAGAGAAGUUUAAACAAUGUUAUAGGAAUCUCAUUAGCAUUUUUAAAUAGUAAUGUUCUGGGUUCAGUACAAGUUAAGCUUUAUCGACAGCAUUUCUGGCACAAUGUUUAUUACAACAUAAAUUAUUUUUGACACGUCCCUCAAAAUAAAUCAAUAAAAUAAAAAAAUACGGUUACAGUAAUUUACUUACAAUGGAAGUAAAAAGGGCCUGCAUUCCGGAGGGUUUAAAUGCAAAAAUGUGCAAAAAUUCAUAUUUUUGUUAAAGCACUUAAAUGAAUUAUACAGUAAAACCCUGUUUACUGUUGAGAUGUAAAAGUUGUUUAAGUGGGACUACUUUUCUAGGUGCAUGAUCUUCUAAUUAUCCGUCACCAACGUAUUCUGUAGGUGGAGUUUGCAAUCAUAUCCUUGCACGUAUCGUACACGUUACUGGCUCUGAUGGCAUUACAUCAUCAUGACAACGAAGUUGAAAGACUGGAUAGGCUAUAACUUUACACCGACAAGGUCAGCAAGCAAUUCUAAUCACUGUAGUUUAACGUAUAAAGGAUAGUUGGGAUAGUUCUCCCAAAAAUGAAAAUUCUCUCAUCAUUUACUCACCCUCGUGCCAUCCCAGAUGUGUAUGAAUUUCUUUCUUCUGCUGAACACAAAUUAAGAUUUUUUAGAUUAUCUCAGCUCUGUAGGUUCUUACAAAGCAAGCAAAUGGUGGCCAAAACUUUGAAGCUCCAAAAAGCACAAAGGCAGGAUAAAUGACUCAAGUUGUCAAGAAGCAAUAUAAGUGUGGGUGAGAAACAGAUCAAUAUGUCCUUUUUUAUACUAUAAAUCUCCACAUUCAAACAGCCCUUCUAAGCACUCUUCCCUCCUAAGUUAUUUUUCUUUUGUUUCUUUAGGGAGGAGAAUUAAUAGGAAAAAAAAGGACAAUUGAGCUGUUUCUCUUAAACAUCUAUCAGAUCACUCAUGAAGACCUGGAUUAUUUUUAAUGCUGCCUUUAUAUGUUUUUUUUUUUUUUUAGUUUCAAAGUUUUGGACCCCAUUGACUUGUAUUGUAUAUACUUGCAUAACUGAGAUAUUCUUCCUAAAAUGUGUUUGUGUUUUGCAGAAGAAAGUCAUACACAUCUGGGAUGGCAGGAGAGUGAGUAAAUGAGGAGAGAAAUUUUGCUCUUUAAACUUUGUCCUGCCCAGUGUACUUCAAUUUUAAAUGUCUUAGUGUAACCACAAUUCUUGCUUAAUAAAAAAACUGAGGGACGAGUUGAAAUUAUUUUCUGUGGUAAUGGAUAUUAAUGCUGUCGAUAGACCUUAAAGGGUUAGUUCACCCAAACAUUUAAAAUCUUUAAUACUCACCCUCAUGCCAUACCAGAUGUGUGUGACUUUCUUUGUUCUGCAGAACACAAAUAAAGAUUUUUUUUAGAAGAAUUUCUCAGCUCUGUAGGUUCAUAAAAUGCAAGUGAAUGGGUGCCAAAAUAUUGAAGCUCCAAAAUCCAUAUAAGGGCAACAUAAAAGUACUCCAGGCGAUUCUGGUGGUUAAAUCCAUGUGUUCAGACACGAUAUGACAGUUGUGGGUGAGAAACAGAUAGAUAUUUAAGUCAUUUUUUACUAUAAAUUCUCCUCCCUGCUCAGUCGAUCUCCACUUUAACUUUCACAUUCUUCUUCUGUUUUUGGUGAUUCAUCAUUCUUCAUACAUAUUGCGCCCUGUUGGCCAGGGAGGUAAAAACUGUCUUAAAUAUUGAUCUGUUUCUCACCCACAACUGUCAUAUCAUGUCUGAACACAUGGAUUUAACCACUGGAGUCAUAUGGAUUACUUUUAUGCUUCCUUUGUGGAUUUUGGAGCUUAACAUUUUUGGCACCCAUUCACUUGCAUUGUGAGGACCUAAAGAGCUGAAAUAUGGGGGGCAGUGGUAGCUCAGCGGUUAAGGCUCUGGGUUACUGAUCAGAAGGUCGGGGGUUCAAGCCCCAGCACUGCCAAGAUGCCACUGUUGGGCCCUUGAGCAAGGCCCUUGACCCUAUCUGCUCCAGGGGCGCUGUAUCAUAGCUGACCCUGCACUCUGACCCCAGCCUAGCUGGGAUAUGUGAAAAAGAAGAAUUUCACCAUAUAUGUGCAAAAUGUAUAAUGUGUGAUAAAUAAAGAAAAUUAAUUAAUUAAAUUAAUUAAUAUUCUUCUAAAAAUCUUAAUUUGUGUUCUGCGGAAGACAAAAAGUCAUACACAUCUGCGAUGGCAUGAGGGUGAGUAAAUGAUGAGAGAAUUUUCAUUUUUGGGUGAACUAUCCCUUUAACUUGUAUUGAACUCGUAACAUUCAUUUAAGUUUUUUUUUUAUAUAUAUUUGAGGCUGUGAACCGGGUUUCUAUUUGUUUGUUUGUCUGGUAUUGUUUUGUAUUGUUUUAUUGCAUUUUGUAUGCACUGUGCUUCAAAUGUACUACCGGCUGUGCCUUUUUGUAUAAGAAUUGUGUAUUUGUAUUAUUUUCCAGUAAUAGACGAAAUUCCAUUUCAAUAUUGGAAAGAAAAGCUUUGUUAUAGCUUAUGCUUAUUAUUAUUUUCAUUAAGGAAUUGAUUAAAAAAUGUAUUCUGGUA